UAUCUCUUCAGAUCCGAUCACAACUACAAGCAAGACUUUUUCACACAGAGAAAAGAAAACAAAGAAUGGCAGGAAUCAUACACAAGAUUGAAGAGACCCUCCACAUGGGAGGCAACAAGACCGGAGAGCAGCACAAGGCCGGAGAUCAGCACAAGACCGGAGAUCAGUACAAGACCGGAGAUCAGUACCACGGCGAGCACAAGGCCGGAGAUCAGUACCAUGGUGAGCACAAGACUGGUCAGCAGUACCAGGGCGAGCACAAGGAAGGGUUCACCGACAAGAUCAAGGACAAAGUCCACGGCGGUGGCAGCGAGGACAAGGACGGGAAGAAGAAGAAGAAGGACAAGAAGAAACAUGGUGAGGGACACAAACACGGUGAUAGCAGCAGCAGCGACAGCGACUAGAUGUCUCUCAAACAUCAAACACCAUGCCUAGGUGUACGGGGUGACCGUAGGAGUUCCUUCUUAUCGAGAGAGAAGGGGGGAAAUAAAAUAAAACAAAAACAAAAACAAAAAACAAAAUCUUUGUCUAAUUCGCCUCUUCCUAUAUUUAGUAGUAGGAGUGUUCUUCCCUAGCCUAGGCAAGCUCAUGAUGUAACACCCUCUUUUUAUGAUGUAAUGAUUAUUAUAAUAAGAAUAUGUUUGGUAUUUUACUC